AUGUCGUUGGCACAAGCGAUGCGUGAUCCCGGGCAGUGGCUCGAAGAUGUGUAUCAUGAGAUUGAUCAGAAGAUGAGUGAAAUUGAACGCGCUAAUAUGGAGAAUAGCACGAAGAUGAACGAACUCGCGCGUGAACAGAAAGCGCUUGCGGCGAGAUUGCUAGAGCUCGCCAGCCGCUAUGCGCAGGCUCUCUAUGGUGAGGAGUUCCUCGACGUCAGUGAGCAGAUGCAGAGCAACAGACGUGCGCAAGAAGAGAGUCACAGAAAGGUGAUAGAGCUCAAGAACGCAAGAGUGGAACUUGAAGAGAAGUACAAUACACUCAUGGACGCAGGUGCGCUGUGGCAGAUAUUUGCGGACGAGUAUGAUGCAAGACCCAGCACCUUGUUCGACGUCGCCGAUGAGUAUGAAGCAGAAGAAGUCGCAGAUGAGGAGCAAGGUGCGUUGCAUGAGCGUGCGACUGAUGCGCGGAGAGAAGAGAUGCUGGCGGACGAGCGUGCCGUUGCAGCAAGACCGCAGGAUGAGCUAUCCUGGGUCCCCGACCAUGGUCGUUCGGAGUGGAGUGAAGAUGAUGUUCUUAUGUCCGAUGGCAUGACCGGCGAUGAGCAGUUGCUGUACGGUGGCGAAGAUGAGAGCUACGACAAUGAUGACGAGCAGCACGGAGCAGAGAAUUCUGGGGCUGACUCGAAUGAGAAUGUGAGUGAAGUCGAGCAGGUCGAAGAUGACCUGGACUACAAUGUGCGAGAUGACCAGCGUGAUCUCGCUGGAGCAGAGCAGGAUCACGAAAGCCGUGAAGAUGAGGUGGAUGAGUCGGUGUAUGCGGAGGAACAAUAUGGACAUGACGUGGACGAACCGGGCCAUGACAUGUAUGAGCCAGUACAUGAGUUGGACGAGUCAGGCCGUGGAAUACACGAUUCGGAGGAUGAGACGCGUGACUCGGAGGAUGAGAUGCGUGACUCGGAGGAUGAGGUGCGUGACUUGAUACACAAGUUCAGUGGACGUGAGAUCAAGCUAUUGCGGAGGAAUGGAGCUAACUGGUCGUUGCCAGCUGAAGCCCACAGUGCUGACGCAGAAGGUGCAGUACGCGCAGAGCAGGAAGGAGCCGCCGUUUCGUCGGAUGACAGCGCUUCGGUAAGUGACGUCCUACUGGAGGAUGAACGGUUGACGGGCGACGCAGCAGAUGUGGCAGCUUACGAUGAUGAAGAAAUGUACGAGGCCGUGGCGGAUGACCCGGAUGCAGACGAUGAGAUACCACAUCAUGCGGACUGGAAGGACACGGCAGAAGAGCUCUUCUUGCUGGCCUUCGAAGCGACAGAUGAGGACGAGGAGGACUUCAGAGCACAACUGAGGCAUCGAAUGGAAGUGGCUCAAGAUCUUGCGAAGCUGGAAAAGGUCGUCGAUGAGUACUGCAUUGGGGCGAUGACGGCCGCAGCUGAGGUGCCAGGGAAGUGCUUCUUUGGUAAGCUGGCGCGCUACGGCAAAGUCAAGGGUGGGCCAACGAGCACUCGUGGCAGCUGUCCUUUCUGCAACAAGUACAAGAAGCAGAAUUGUUACUUUGUGUAUCUUGCACCGGGUGUGCAUUCUGGAUAUGGUCCGCGGAUCGGAGGCAUCAUACCGGAUGACGGAAGCCGCAAGUGGGGGCAGCAAGAGCCUCGUACGGUGACUAUCAAUGGAUCCCAGGUACGGUGGAUAGUCAAGAAGAAGAAGCAGACAGGCAAGGUGGCAGGGGAGGCAAAUCCUCUGUUUGACGUUGGGAACGGCGUGCUGAUCUGA